UCACGACAACAUAAUAAUACCGAGUUUACGACGUUCAUGGCUAUUCAUCAUUAUCAGCAGAAUAAUUAUCAGCUUUAAUAAAGUAAACUGAGAUUAUGAACAUAAACAGGUUCAAAUAUUUAAGAAAAACACGUAUACUAUGAGCAUGUUUUUUUAUAGAAAUUAAAAAAACUCAAAAAUAAAAAAAAAACGUAUAACUAGUCUGACAAGAUGAGAGCAUUAACUUUAACGUUGAUUUUUCUACUGCAAUACCAGUAUUUAUCUGGUCAAGCUUCAAACUGGAAGAAUGCUUGCCCAAAUUGGUUGCAGUAUAAUUUUCGUUGGUUUUUACCACAGUGCUUCUACAAUCCAGACGUGUCAGGUGAAAUAACGGAUAUUGUUCAAAGAUAUAAGUACCCAGCAACAGAAUACAAUGUAACCACAUCAGAUGGUUAUAUUUUGGUACAAUUCAGAAUUGGUGAUCCCAAUGGACCAACAAUUCUAGUUAUACAUGGAAUCUACAUGAAUCCCAUGGGUUGGACCUUGGUAGGUAAAGAUUCCCUAGCGUUUGUUCUGGCUGAAGCAGGGUAUGAUGUUUGGUUGGUCAGUUUAAGAGGAACCAGAUAUACCAAACACGAAAGUCUUACUCAGGCAGAUCCCAAGUAUUGGGAGUUCACGCCUCAUGAAAUGGGCACCAUAGAUCUCCCAGCAAUAAUAGAAACAGUAAGCACUGAAAAUGGUGGAAAACCAAUAACACUCCUACCAUUCUCCAUGGGUUCUACAUGUUCCUUAAUCUACACCUCAACGAUGCCAGACCAUGUUGCACAACACAAUGUAAUUUUACAAGUCCACAUCGCACCUAUAGCUUACAUGGACAGAGUAUCUUCCAUUGUUGGAUUAGGUCCAUAUAUUGGUUGGUCAAGAAUAAGCGCACAACUUAAAAAAUCCGGCACAUAUUACGUGCUGAAACCUUCAGAUCAAUCAAGACGAACAGCUACACUAGCCUUCCUACCAACAACCGCUAAUGUACGGGGUUUCUGGCUAAUAAUGGGAAGCAUAUUUGGAUUUUCAUGUCAACUUAAUCCUGCAACACUCGCCGCGACAGUUUUAAAUGGCGGUGAUACAAUAUCUGUUUAUGUUAUGGAUUUUUACGUGCAAAUUAUGCAAACAUCAAAGUUUGCAGCGUUGGAUUAUAAAGACCCAGCUAUGAAUCAGGAACAUUAUGGGUCGGACACUCCUCCAGAGUAUGAUCUAUCAAAAAUUGAUAUUCCUACAACGUUGAUUUAUGCAUUAAAUGAUGCAAUGGCUACCAAAAAGAAUGUUGAGAGAUUACACAGCGAAUUGACUACCAACACUUGUUUAAAACCUGUUCCUAUGAGUGGGUUUACUCAUCAAGAUUUUGUAAUCGCAAAAGAUGGCAGAAAGUUACUAUAUCAACCAUUGGCAGAUGAAUAUUUAAUAGGAAGAUGCCCCGAUGCUACAAUCACAAAUUGUUUAACAAAUUAUUUUGCAAAUUUACGCAGAAAUGAAAAUGAAUAAUUUUUAAACCUUUUAUAACCUUUUAUUGAACCAAUAUUGGUUUCUAAUAAACGGUUAGCUCGCAUGUUUCCCGAUCAUAAACCUAUAAAUUUAAUAUAUUAAAUCCACGUGUUGUUUAGACUAAAAGACUGAAUAUUGGUAAUGUUCGUAGUAAAAUCGAUUGAAUGCGCUGGAUGCCAUUGAACUAUUAAUAAAUUAUUCGCUAUAAAUCAAAA